UUGGUAUCGAGAGAGAGAGAGAGACACGCCCGACGAAAGUCAGUCUGCGGGAAGGUUUCUUUCUCCUCAUCUGUUUUCGCGGAUCCGACGCGGUGGACGCUGCGUUUUUGUUCUUUAGAUUGAUCAGUAUCUUAUUUCAGAAUAUGUUCAUGAAGAUCUCCUUUCUGGUUUUAUUUUCUCCGGUCCGGAUAAUAUUUUUUUGAAAAUUUCAUUUGUUUUCCCCCGUGGACUUUUUUUGUGUACUGUACCUGUCCUGCAAGCCACAUGUAGUCGAAUAAAUAAACCGCAAACCUGUACCUAAACAUUAGGGCCGGGACUCGGGACUUAUCUACGGUUCAGUACAAUUCAGAGAAAGAAAACAUCGCUUCAUUCAAAAAGCAAGAGGACUUCAUCUAUUUUCUAUUUUAUCUGUAAUUUUCCGCUCCUUUAGUUUAUACACCAUUUAACAUGGAUCCACUGGAGUCUGGAAUGCGAUAUAGUCCCAGGUGUCCGGACGACUGGGACACAUCCGUCCAGUUCCUGCCUGCCUCUGAUUCCAAGGCCCUAGAGAAGAAGGGCUCUGCGAGGAAAGGCGUUUUUGUUGGCCUGGCUGUUUUUCUGCUGGCCGUCGGCGUUAUGAUAGGCGUCCUAGUGUGGCAUUUUCGCUACCGACAUGCAACAAAGACCAAGUUAAUAUACAGUGGCUCCAUGAGGAUCACCAACCGGCCGUUCCUGGACAACUAUGAACUUCCUGAAAGUCAAGAGUUCCAGGAUCUGGCAGAUAAGGUGUUACAGCAUCUCAGUGCCGUCUACUCCAAAUCAUCACAGCUCUCCCCUUAUUAUGUUAAUUCCAAAGUACAAGCCUUCAGUGAAGGAAAUGCACAGAGCGUGAUCGCCUACUAUUUGUCAGAGUUCUUCGUGCCGAGUGACCAGAAAUCCACAUCGGAUAAAGCCAUGUCCAACAUGACCCAGCAGGGACCCUUGUCGCGAAAAAGCAACACCCCCUCCUUAUAUGUUGACGACAUCGUGUCCGGAGCUGUGGACUCACGCAUGUUGCGGCCAUCACUAGCAGUCCGGCAGUCCUUCGCCCUCCACUGCCGGGAUGGUUCAGCAGACACCUUGCAGUCUCCAGGCUUCCCCAACUCGCCAUACAGCCCCAACACCUACACCGAGUGGCUGCUACGUGCCGACCCGGGCCACCGAGUCAAGCUGCACUUCGACACCUUUAACCUGGAGAAUGACUGUGGGAAGGACUUCAUCCGGGUGUACGAUUCCCUGGUUGCCCUCGAACAGAAGAUUAUGGCAGAGAAAUGUGGGAUUUAUCCACCUAAUGAGCCCUUGUCCUUCGUUUCCUCGGGGAACGUCAUGCUGCUUACUUUGGUCACCAACGAAGAGAAGAACUUCCCUGGAUUCAGAGCACGUGUCACGCAGAUACCUCAGAAAAUAGAGUGUGGUGGAGCACUGACGGGGCUUAAGGGUACCUUCACGUCUCCGGAUUUCCCAUCUUACUACCCACCACUGGUCCAGUGUGUGUGGAACAUACAGGUCCCGACAGGGAAAUUUGUCAAGGUGCAAUUCAAAAAGUUCUUAAUGUCUGAGCCAGGACAAAGUGCCAGUGUUUGCCGUAAGGACUACGUUCAGGCUGACACAACCAAAUUAUGUGGAGAACGAUCUCCAAGCACCGUGGUGUCCGUCAAGUCCAACAAGAUGGAAGUCAUCUUUAACUCGGACAUGUCUUACGUGGACCGUGGCUUCUCUGCCGAGUUCCAGGCCUACGAGCCCAGUGACCCCUGCCCCGGAAAUUUCCAGUGCAAAAAUGACAUGUGCAUUAAUCCCACCCUGAAAUGCGAUGGCUGGAAUGACUGCGGCGACAACAGUGACGAGAAGAACUGUGUGGAAUGCAGCGAGAAGCAAAUCAAGUGUAAAAACGGUUUCUGCAAGCCCAAGUUCUGGCAGUGCGAUGGCGUGGACGACUGCGGGGACAUGAGCGACGAAGAAUCCUGCGGACAGUGCAAAUCUAAGACGGAAUUCUUGUGCAACAAUGGAAAAUGCAUCCCUGAGAACAAAAAAUGUAACGGUCAGGAUGACUGCGGCGAUGGCUCGGACGAGAAGGGCUGUACCAGAGUGGUGGCAUGCACCGACACGUCCUACAGGUGCAAGAACAGCCAGUGCCUCAGCAAGGCGAAUCCCGAAUGCGACGGCGAGAAGGACUGUGAUGACGGCUCUGAUGAAGCCGACUGUGAGUGUGGCGUCCGGCCCUACAAGAGCUCGCGCAUCGUGGGGGGGCAGGCAGCUGUGGAGGGCGAGUGGCCCUGGCAGGUCAGUCUGCACAUCAAAAAUAUGGGACACGUCUGUGGAGCGUCAGUCAUCAACAACCGCUGGCUGGUCACUGCCGCACACUGCGUGCAGGAUGACAAAGACGUCAAGUACUCCCAGCCCCAGCACUGGGAGGCCUACCUGGGGCUGCACGUCCAGGGUAAGAUAACUGACAAAUCCGCGAAGAGGAACCUGAAGCGGAUCAUCCCGCACGCCUUCUACAACGAGUACACCUACGACAACGACAUCGCGCUCAUGGAGCUGGACAGUCCGGUGACCCUCAGCCAGAGCAUCUGGCCUAUCUGCCUGCCCUCGGAGACGCACGAAUUCGAGGUUGGCAGCAGCGUCUGGAUCACCGGCUGGGGUGCCAUGAGAGAGGGGGCCUCCAGCGCCUCGACCUUGCAGAAGGCCGAAGUCCGGAUCAUCAACCAGACUGUGUGCAACCAGCUGAUGAGCAACCAGAUCACUUCGCGGAUGCUGUGCGCCGGCGUGCUGAGCGGGGGGGUGGAUGCCUGCCAGGGAGACUCGGGGGGCCCCAUGUCAGCAUCUGGUGGCAACAGGCGCAUGUUCCUGGCAGGGGUGGUGAGCUGGGGAGACGGCUGCGCCCGCAGGAACAAGCCGGGAAUAUACACGCGGGUCACGAAAUUCCGCAGCUGGAUCAAGGAGAAAUCGGGAGUAUAGCACGAAUGACAGACUCGAGCGCGGGGGAGGGAGGGCAGACUGGAGUACCGCCGCCCAAGUGGCUGAAUGCAGAACUGCAGCACUUGCGAGGAAACACUCCACCUUUGGACUGUCCACACAACCCAGAAGCAGAGGGGCCUUCAGGAGUCAGCCGUUGCGUCCUAGCUCUACCCCCCCCCCCCCAGCAUUGUACACAAUAAUCCCACACACCGCGAUUUCCCUGUUUUUCUCCCUUCUAGUGUGUGUGUGGUGUGUGUGGUGUGUGUGUGUGUGUGUGUGUGUGUUUGUGUGUGUUUGUUUUUUUUUUAUUCGAAACCUACCGCAUUUGAACAGUGAACUCUUUUUAAGUACUUCACACUGUUUUGUUUAUUUUUUAUUACUUCAUGGUGUAAUCGAUUAAAGUAAUGAAGGUGGGUACACUGAUGUACACUCAGUACACUGAGUAAUGAAGGUGAUCACUUUUUAAAUUGUCAGCCAAGUACCCAUCCCAAGAGACUUUUAAUUAAUCACUGAUCACUGUUAAUAAAGUUCAGGUUAUGCAGCUGCAGUUCAGUCUUGUUUCUGAGAGAGUGAAAUCAGCUCAUUGUGGCAGAGAAGCAAUUACCUUCCAUGCAUAUAAGGUAGGGAGGUUCCGCUAUGAAAUAUCAUACUUCCUUAGUCAUCUUAAGCCAUGUUUGUGGUACCUGCCUGAAUGUGUGUUUUACUAAAUAUGCUGGUACUCAAAAUAACUUCAUGGGUCAGCGCAUGAAAUACAAUGUCUCUCUUUAAAGGAGAUGAAGCUGUGACAUGAGAUUAAUCCCUUUUUUUGAAAUUCCAUGGAUUUCAUAAAUGUCAAAACAGUUUCUGGUAUUAAUGUUUCAUUUAGCGUGCAGUGGUUAAACGUUAAGUUGGUAUUUUACACCAAAUUGUGCCGCCGGCCAACGUUUCUGUAUGGCCAAUGAAAGUAUACGGUCUAGAAAGAAAUAAAAGACGAGAAAUAACGUCUACAUUAUUCAGCUGGUACUGCUACAAGGUGUGGGCCUGUCGCUAUGGAAACAUCCAGGAGCAGUUACGCAAUAGCGGACACAACCCUCAGCCGACUAUUGUUUGAGAAAUUCUGCUCUCUCUGCCUGUAAUUUGAUCUCCACGCCAGUGCAAGAAAGGCCUAGUGAGAGAAUCGGUGUAAUUAAGUGCCAUUGUGUCCCAACGAUGUGUCCUUAGUGCUCCUUUUCAGUAGCCUGUCACCUUGCAGGCCUCUUGGAACGUCACUCUUCAAGAAAGUUAACUCAAUGGCAACCUUUGGCCGAAGGAGCCUUUUUUUAUGUGAGCUUUUAUUUGUUAAGUAAAUUCAUUUGUGGAUUUUAAUGUUUAACUCUUACCAACUCAUGUUUGCACCUUUACUGUGAUCUGCCUAAGAAGUAAAAUUCCUGUUUAUGUCUCUUGUGCUUAUAUUGUAUUUAUUUUCCCAUCUGGUUUUGUGAGUUUUUUUUUUUUUUCAGAACACGAUUCACCCAUUUCAGGAAUAUGUCUUUGACUACAGGAAUAAUCUAGGGUCUAGGGUAUUUUUCAGUUCCUUAUAUUUUGAAUCAUUUUCUGCUGCUCGAAAUUAGACUUUCAUCUAUAAUGCUGUGUAGAGAUUCCAUUUUGUCGGUCAACAGUUAGUGGUUUACUGUUUAAAUAUGUAUGUUAUGUAUAUCGGUGUUGCUUACGCUUCGCUCUUGCUGGCUGCUUGGCGUCCUUUACAAUUCCAGCUCUCCACUUUAUAUUUUAUUUGUUUAAAAUAAUAACUGAAUGUGUUGCUUCAGGUAAGCUUGCUUUGAAGUAGAACUAUGGAAGAACGUUCAUUAUGUUGUGUAGUCUUUGAACACAUUGAUUCUUAGUGCAUAAACAAUUAAGCGGGAUAUUACCGUUUCAACUAAUUUAACGUUAUGAUUUAGACAAAGCAUAAAAAUAGUUCAAAUAGUUUUUAAAAUGACUUAUACCUAGCCUCUAAUACCUCAAAUAGCAACUCCAUAAUUUAGUGACAGCUCCCUAAAAACAGAAAAAAAUGUAUUAUUGCUGUAAAAAAAUGGUAUGUUAUGCAGACAGUGGUGAGGCCAAGGCUUGACAAUCACUGAUAUAUAAAUGCAGGCAUAUGUACAUCUUUCAUUUUCUUUUUUCUUUUUGUGAAAUAUGUAAAUUGUAUAUCUGUGUUUAAUGCUACACUCUCAGUAUAGGUUGUGUUUAUGUGGAGAUGCCUCCAUGCUUCCAGAAACCACCGGACAUUUGUGAACAUCAUAUCAUCAGUUUGUGACAAAAAAUAAUUGGACAGUAGCCGCCCCAAGUAGAUUUAUAUUUAAAGGAUGUUCAGUUUUCAUAUCUCUUCUUUCUUAAUUGCUGUAAUUCGUUUUGCAUGCUCAGAAGAUUAAACUUAACCAGAAUGUCCAUUUUCUCUGUAGGAGGUAAGUUCAGACCCUUGACUGCAUUUUGGAAUAAAGAUCACCAUGCUAUGUAA